GUCUAAAAGGUUUGCCUGAACCGGAUACUUUUGUCCUUUGUUACUGCUGUUGGACUAGAGGACACACCUCGGCUUGUCUCGUCUGAUCCAGUGGCCAACAGGUUCAGGUCGAGAUGGAGCCUUCUUCGGGCAUGUCCAGUGACGUCGCGGAAGAGACGACCUCCUUCGGGGAGGUCCGGUCAAGUUCGGAGGAAGAGGACUCUGAUUACCAGGGCCAGUGCCUGGCCGCCCCCCAGGCCCCCCCCCCCACCUACAAGCAGAGGAGUGAGGAGUUCAAGAAAGUGUUCAAGGAGCCUGCCGAGAAAGAGAGACUCAUCGUGGACUACACCUGCGCCCUGCAAUGGGACAUCCUGCUCAUGGGCCGCCUCUAUCUCACGGAGCACCACCUCUGUUUCCAUAGCAACGUGUUCAGGGGAACAAAGAUUACGUUGCUGCUCAAAGACUUCACAUCCAUGACCAGAGUAAACACAGCUCGCUUCAUCCCCAACGCCAUCCAGGUCUGCACCACAGCCGAAAAGCUCGUCUUCACCUCCUUCUCCGCCAGAGAGAAAAGCUUUCAGAGCAUCUUCCGCAUGUGGCAGAACACACUGCUCAAGCAGCAUCUUACGUGCGCGGAGCUGUGGCAGAUGGUAAAGCAGCACUAUGGAAACGUACUGGGCAUGAGUUCGGAAGACAUGGAGACUGUACCCUUUAGAUCAGACUCCAAUUUAACCAACAGCCUGACCAUGAGGCCAAGUGUGGAGGAGGGCAUAGAACAUCUGGAGCGGAUCCCCUCUGUCCGCAUGGAUCAGGGGCCCCUAGCGACGUCCACCCCCCAGGGAGAGGAGCCACCGGCGCCCCUGGGCACGCCCCCCACUAAUCCAGGCAACACGGAUGAUUCCCGCAGUGCCGUGACCCAACAGCGUGGCCCCGCCCCCUUACCGGACCAGGUCUCUAAGAGGUCCACACUGACCCUCGACCUCAACGCCAACGUGGGCGGGGCCUCCGAGCAGAGUGCUUCUGAAAGCGUUGAUGAAGCGGAGGAGCAGGAGUACCCAGCCCAGGAGCAAGGCAGGGUCUACCUCAACAAGGUGUUCCACAUCAGCGCCGAGAAGAUGUUUGAGCUGCUCUUCACCGACUCCAGCUUCAUGCAGCGCUUCAUGAGCAUCAGGAAGAUCACCAACGCCAGCCUGGAUCCUUGGCAGAGGGAGGACUCUGGGAACAUGAAGAGGACCAUGAACUACACCAUCGCCAUCAGCAACCCGCUGAUCGGGAAGUGCUCCAGAGCAACCGAGAACCAGACGCUGUUGAAAGACCUUCCGGAGGGCCACUACAUGGUGGACGCAGAGGUGUUCACGCACGACGUCCCCUACCACGACUACUUCUACACCCAGAACCGCUACGCCAUCACACGCAGCUCCAGACGCAAGUGUCGGCUCAGGGUGCUGACAGAUGUGAAGUACAAGAAGCAGCCAUGGGGUCUGGUCAAGUCCUUCAUCAACAAGAACUCCUGGGGCGGCAUCGAGGACUACUUCAAGCAGCUGGAAUCUGAGCUGCUGGAGGAGGAGGCGGAGAUGAACCAGGGCGCCAGGGAUGCUGGGAAGAUGAGCAACCUGAGGAGGAGGAGGAGGACUUUCAGCCGCAGCGGGCCGGAGCACCUGAAGCCCAGCGGGCCGUACGGAGCCGACUCGGAGCAGCACCGCGAGGGGCCCAUGGGCUCAAUGGACCUGAAGGCCCCGUACCGCUGGAACAUCCACACCAUCAUAGCAGGGAUGAGUGUCAUCCUGCUGGUGCUGACCCUGCUGAACCUCGGUCUGCUGGCCAAGCUGUGGGCCAUGGAGGACGUGGCCCAGCGAAUGUACCUGAGCACCAAGCACCGAAUACGGGAGCAGGCCACCCACCUGCCCAGGGGGGACUAUGGUCCCAUAGGCCCAGGACUAGGACCCCGGUCCAACAAGGAGUCCCAGUUACUGAAGGCGGUUCUCCAGGACUCCAUUAACCUCCUAGAGCAGCUUCGAAGUUCCCUGGUCAUGCUUCAGCACAACUUUGCGAUGGCCAAUCGGACAGUGGGACCACAAUGAUGUCCAAACACCUGCCGACAGGCCAGAGGUCCUCAUUGGCUACUGUGAAUAAAAUACCUAUUGGAGGUGGGGAGAUAGACACCCAUAAACUCUGUAUCCUGGUGUUAUGGGAUGGCAUCAGAGACCCCCAUGGCGAUGCGCUGCCACGGAAUAUGAGUGCCAGGCGCUCUGGGUGCCCCCUGAGAUCGCUCAUGGUGCCUUUCUUUGAGUCUCUACAGUACUUCUGACUCCUCGACGGCGCUGACUGUGUCGUCGACCGCUGCUGCCAUGGGAUGUUUUAGUCUUCAGUAGCAGACUGUGAUAUGAUAGGGAGAAGGCUGGUCUGCCUCCACAACAGUCUCUUGCUGAAUGUACUGUCGAGGGCCCAGUCAGAAGGACUGGUCCUCCUCUGAGGUCCUCCUCUAUGGUUCCAGUCUCUAUGCACCACAAUGCAACACUCUCUUUUUAAAUGGAUAUUUUGCAAACAUCAACUUUAUUGACAUUCUUUGCACAGAGGCCUUAAUAUAUUUAACGUUUAGUUUUUUUAAUGAGAAUGUGAUAUUUUUAGUAAAUUAAUAAAUGGAGAUGGGUUGUUCUUGUUAAUCACUCUUCUAAAAUUUUAAAAAAAUAUUGUGGGUGAUAAUUACUUGGUGGAUUGGAUGACAAUCCCCCUUGGUGCUACCUGUCCACCAGAGCGUUCUGUUUAUCCCGAGUUGUUUACAAUGACUCCCUCCAGUGGACCAUAGAAGGCAGCUGGACCUCAACAUCAGUGAUGAUCGCUCACGCUCAACCUUAGUGAGGUUCAGUGUUUCCGUCCGGUAGACAAGUCCCUGAUGCUCUCUGGAGAGUGUGGGGAGUAGGUUCCAUGUAUGGUAUGAUCUUUCUUUUAUAGAUUUAUUUUUGUUUCCAAGUGGAAUGUACUGUUUGUGAAGUAGGCCUACAAGCCACUAGUGAGCUAAAAACGGCAAUGAUUUUAACUUCCUAAAACUGUGACACAUCUAAUGUGAUUGAAGUAGUGCUAAUUUCCCCUUACUCUCCCAGACGGUGAAGGAGGAAUAACGGUGUAUAGAUGGCUGUCUUGCUAUAUAACUGGCAUCUUUGAUAGCUCAAAGCUUAAUUUGUGACAUCUGAAUGUAUUGCCUUGAUUUUAUAACACUGAUAGAAAUAUCCAAUUUUCUUUCUGCUAAGGUUUGAUAUACAGCGUGCUUUCCUCAUGGUGGACCCAGUCCAUAUCUUUAUUUGAAGGUCCUGGAUUAUGCCCCGUUUGCGAUGUACCUUUGGUCAGACAUGUAAAUGGACUCUAGUAUUGUCCAAAUUAUACCUUUUUGUUGUUGGCAGUUUUGUACAUUCAUGAUAUGGUCUUAAAUAAAUUAUCUUCCGUACAGACUUGUGAGUC